UAAUAACUAACUACAAAAUAUAAUUGCCAAAUAUUAUAUCAACAGAUAAACUUAAAAAAAGCAUUUGUUUAUUACUCUAUUUACAUAAAUAGGAUUUAUCUUAAAUUAAUCAAAAUUAAAUAAAACUUAAGCUAGGCAAGAAAAAUGAUAGACAUAAUUAAUUAAGAUCAAACACAUCCCUUUAAGCGCAGAAUCCAAAAUGAAGUCAAAAAGUAUUCUAAUAUAAAUGUUAUUAUGCAGAGAUUAGAAGUUUAAGGAUAUCUUGAUGAACUUUUUAAUCUGCUAACAAAAAUUAAAGAUUGUGAAGACAAGUUCACAAUUAGUGAACUUAAAAAGAUUCAGUCUCAAAGAAAUGAAAAUGAUCAGCAGUUCGACUUUAACGAGUAGUACAAUAACAAUUGCUAGAUUUUUACUCAAAAUCUAUAAUUAAUAAUUUAAUUAAUAGUUCAUGAUGUAUGGUAAAAGAAAUCACAGUACAGUAUAGUAAAUUCUCCUAUGAGAAACAAAAGUUCUCACAAAAAAGAAAAUUUCAAAAACUCAAUAAUCUUAUCAAAUGUUCCUUAAGUUAACAUGUUUAAUCCUGGAUCAAGCAUAAAUCUUGAUAAUAAUCAACAGAUUACUCAGCCAAAUACACAAAGAAUACUCACCUAGACAGAUAUGAAUUCAUCACAAAUAUUGACAAAUACUUCUCAAGUAUUCAGCAAUAACAACACAAAUACAAAUGCAAGCAACGAUAAAAAAUUGUAAAUUUCAUAACUUCAAACAAGCUAGUAUCUAAAAAAGAGUGCUGUAAUUGAGAAAGAUAGACACACUCCAAGUUUUAAUAGCAAAUAAUAAAUAUAUUUUUAGCAUCAUUAAGGGGCAAAUUUGGGAGAUUCAUAAAAAGUAAAAGUGAAUGAAAGUGCAAGUAGCUAACUAAAUAACUCAAGUUAAAAUAUUCAAAAUUAAAAUUAGUCAAAAUAACUUAAUACACAAACAAAUUUAAACAAUUUGGUUAAUUCAUCAUCUCAAUCUUCCUUAGCUAAUACAAAAGGAUUAUAGUAAACACAAACUCUUACUCAUAGUUCAUCUUAUUAAAAUUUGUCAAGUAGUAAGAAUAACUUAAAUAAUUCAUUCAAUAACAGCAGAUAAUCUUCAUUACUAAAACCAAGCAGUAGCAAUAUUAAUUAAAUUUCGAGCUCUAUAAAUUAAAGUAAUUAGUACCUAAACACUACUACAAAUACCAGCUAAAGUUCUAAUUAUCCUCAAAAAUCAUAUUUAUAAUCACACCCGCCACUUCCUCAUUCUUCAUCUUCAACUAGCUUUAUCAAUAAUAAUACUAAUAAUAGAGGAUAAAUAAAUUAAAAUACUAUUUCAUCUCAUUUAAAUAACUCUAUAUUAAGAGAAGAUAAGAGAAAUAAUAUUAACACAUCCACUAUUGACUCCGCUCGAGACUCAAUUAAAAGAUAAAGUAUAACCAACUCUUCUAUUUUAAAGCCCCACUAUUUCAGCAAUGCAGAUUACGGUAAAUGCAAUACCUAAAGGUCUUUGUCAUCAUAUAACAAUAGUCGUGAAAUAAAUUAAUAAAUGCAAACUUCAAGGGACAUAAAUUCAUCUAUACUCUCUGCUAGCAUAUAAAUUACUAAUGAUAAUAAAAGCAAAGAAAAUUACAAGCCACUAUAAAAUACUAACAGAUUAAAUACUUAUGUGAAUUGA